AAAAUUUUCUACAAAACGUGCAUGUGCUGGAAAGAAAAGAAACUGAAAUAAUAACUUAUUUAUGUAAAAUAUAGACUUACUUUGAACCAUUUUCUCAUGUAUUUUUAAAAAAUAAUUCGUUGUGUAUUGAUUCGAUCAUCUAAGAUUAUUUGCUCCCUUUAAACUCUAAGUCAUGGUCAUGGAAACUCCUAGUCCUCAGUGUGUUGGCCGUGAAUUUGUGAGGCAGUACUACACCUUGCUUCAUGAGGCCCCACUGCAUCUUCACAGAUUUUACAGUCAUAAUUCAAGUUUUGUUCAUGGAGGUGUAGAGAAACCUGGUGAAGAACAACCCCCUGUGAUGGGCCAAGCAGACAUUCACAAGAAAAUUAUGUCCCUAAACUUUUGUGAUUGCCAUGCUAAGAUCCGUCAGGUUGACAGUCAAGCCACAGUUGGAAAUGCAGUUGUUGUGCAGGUUACAGGAGAGUUGUCAAACAAUGGUAUGCAAAUGCGUAGAUUUAUGCAGACUUUUGUGUUGGCACCACAGUCUCCAAAGAAGUACUAUGUGCACAAUGAUAUUUUCCGAUACCAGGACGAGGUUUUCCAUGAUAAUGAUACGGACACUGAAAACCAAGAAGAUGCACAAGACUCCGAAGGUGAGAUCGUUGAGCCUGUUGGUGUACAACAGGAUCUGUUGGCAGAUACACAACAGUUUUUUGAUGCUCAUGCCCCAUCACUCAGCAAUGGUACUGGGAUGUUGGAGGAAGAGCAAAUUGAAACUCCAACCUCUCCAAAGUCUGAGCCUGAAGAGCCCCUCGAACCUGAGGAACAGAUUCCAGCACAGAUUGAGACAUAUGAACCAGUGAAGGAAGAACCCAAGGUAGAGCCUGCACAGCCAGAGGAACCUCCUCAAGUUGACGAGCCAAGAAAACCAUUUUCAUGGGCUGAUUUGGCAAGCAAGGGCACAAGCAGACCUGUCUCUCAACAGAUUCCAUCACAGCCCCAGCAACAGAGUAUGAAAUCAUCGGGAUUUGGCACAAGACAAGAGGUGAAACAAGACACUAGCCCGACAGCACCUAAAGAACAAAGAGCCCCAAGAGGUGGACGUGACCGUCCAGACAGAGGUCGUGAUAGGGACCGUGUGAGUGUUACACGUGAAGAUGGCGAGAAUAUGUCGGACAGAAGAGGGGCCAGAUAUCCAGAUAGCCAUCAGCUGUUUGUUGGAAAUUUACCACACAAUGUUGCAGAACAGGAGUUGCGCAAAUUCUUUGAAAGCUAUGGUAAUGUAAUGGAACUUCGUAUAAACACAAAAGGAGGCAGUGGUAGUAAAAUACCUAACUUCGGUUUUGUGGUAUUUGACAAUCCAGACCCUGUACAGAAUAUUCUACAGAGCAAGCCCAUUAAGUUCCAUGAUCAUCGUUUGAAUGUUGAGGAGAAGAAGCCACGAGGAAGCGAGGGUCGUCCUAUGGGAAGGGGUCCCCCACCACGAUCUGGAAGUGCCGGCGGUGGUGGUGGGGGAUAUGGUAACCGAGGAGGCAGUGCAGGACGAGGAAUGGGUCCACGAGGUGGAGGCGGCCCACCAGGAAUGAGGGAUGGCGGUAGAGGCGGGGGCGGAGGAAUGGGUCAAAGAGGAGGGAUGUCGGGCCCUCGUCGUUGAAAGGAAGUUUAGUGAUGGUGCUUAGUUCAGUGUAGAAAGUAUGCAAUUCUGAGAAAUGUGAGGACAUUUCAUUAUUGUCAUCUAGUGUCCAACAUGACUGCUAAACGUACAAAUAGAAAUAUAUAAAAAAAAAAGUAACAACCUAGCCGCAAUGUCUUGCUGCAUUUUGUGUGAUAGAAAUGUUUGUUAAAGCUGGUGGUUCUGUGAGGAUUCAAACAAUAUUUAUGUAGACCCUUAUUUAUUUUAUAUAAAAGUUGACAACUGGGUAUACCAUGUUGUGAAAUCAGGACUAGGAGUUACCAUGAUCAGUGAAUUCUCGAUUCACAAAAGGGAGCUUAAUAAUUUAAUGUGCUAUUUUAUAUAUACGAAAUGUUGGAGUAAUAAUUUAUACUUUACAGUUUAUCAUGAACAUUGUACAUAUAACUUGAUCAUUACACAAGCAUUCUGGUUAUACCUUGUCUCAUUUUCCUCGUUCUGUCGUCAUCCUUGUAUUGAGAAAAAAACUUGCGUACCUGCUCGAGUGGUAUUUAUUCAUAACACUCGCGUCGUUCGAUAAACAUAGUUGUGAGUGAGAUUUUAUAAGUAUUUCUAAUUUUGAAUGAGAUGCUUUUUGAAAGCAGAAUUGCAUAUUUUCAGUUCAUAUACAUGUUAUAUAUACAAAAAACAACAACAACAAGAAAAAGAGUGAGAAAGAAAUGACACUACUCUGCCAAAGUUUUUAAUUUAUUAUUUUGUUCAGAACAUGAGAAUGAAGGUUUUUAAGUGAUUUGUUUACAUAAAGGAAUGUUUUAAUAUGAAUCAGGGGAUUACUGCUAACUCUGUAUGUAGAAUGUGAUCAUAUUAAACAGUUUUAAUUUAUUUUGUUGCGAAAAAAAAAACGUUAUAUAAUAUAGUUAUCAUGACUUAAAUGAAGUGUCCCGUUAUUUUUUUUCGAUCGUAAGCUGGAAGCGUUUGAAUCAAAAUGUUAUAAUAAUAGGUUUGUUUAUUUUUUUUUUAUGAAAAGAUUGUGACCAAUGUUUUGUAAUUCAUUCUUCAUUAUUAAAGAUUAUUUUUUUGAAACAUGCUUAAUACUCGUGUUUUUAUACAUUUUGCAUUUAGAUCCUAUUUUUUUUCUCUCCCCCCGUUUGUAUUAUUAAAAUGUGGCAAUAGUAUUAUCUGGAAUAUGCAAAUACUGUCUCGAUCACUUGUGUGAAUAUUUUCAGUUGCAUAUGGUCGUGCUGUAAUUUUAAUGUGAAACUCUGAAAAGAAAAAAAACAUACCAAAUUCUUAUUUUCAUUAAAGUGUUCGCUGCCAACUGCUAUGUCUUUAUUGAUUUCAAAAAUAUUUAUGUGUCCAUUGUUAGUUGUUCUCUUAUUAAAAGGUCCUUUAUCAAAUGUGAAGAUGAAUAUUGUUGUUCAAAGUACGUUGCAUAUUAAAAUGUGAUAUGCAGAGUCAUUGCUAGUUGCGAGCCAGUUGGCUAUUAUUUCUUGUAAAAAUUUGAAACUAAUAAAAAAAGCAGUCAAUCUUGCCUUGUCAAGGUGAUAUCUUCAAUGCAUAUGUGAUCAGCAGAACCAAGGUCUUUAUUUUAACCGUUAUUUGGGACUAUCUUGAUUUAAUUCCGUAACUGCCAACUUUUGUAGCAAAUGUAUAUUUUGAGUGACAUAAUUUAGGUAAAAGUGCAAGCGCAGGGCCUUCUAUCUUAAUUCAGACAGUUUCAGUUUUGAACUUAAAAGAAACAACAACAAACUGUUUUCUUUCUCUGUUUUGUUAUUAUUUGUGUGAAACUUACUGUCAUUUUCAAAUGAAAGAUGUGCCAAUUUUUGCACAGAAAAUAUGUGAUUAAAAUGAUUAAUGUUUUGUGAUGCAUCACCUUAACUCUUUAACUUGCUGGAACUUAAGCCUUUGCUACCAGUAUAGAGUCCGGUCCGCCUGCCCUUCUGUGUCGUCUGACCAAGCUCUAUAGCAUUGGUAGCUCAAUUAUUGUAUUUUGAUAAUUGAAAUCCCUAAAACUUUGAAUGGACUGUUCCAAAUUCAAAGCAGGACAAAUCCAUCGCACAAAUUCAGCAGGUAAAGGGUUAGGGUGACAUUUUAUCUAUUUUUUUUGUGUCAGUUAUCAUGUUGAUCAAUAGUUUUCCGAAAGACGAUCUUGUUAUUACAUUCACAAAUCUCUACCCCGAUUUGUUGAUGUCACUAAUGCCAUGUCAGUUUAUAUAAUUCUGUUUGAAAUGGAUAUGUGUUUAAAACACAGAUUGACUUGUAUGUUGUUGUAUAACUAGCUAAAGUGAAUAUAAUGGUGCAAGGAAGAAAAAAAUAAUCGGCUGAAUGAGUAAAUGACGAUUUCCACCAUAAUUAUAAUUCUUCAUCUUUGGAGACUUCGAAAGUCUCGUUUUUAGCCCAUGUAUAGAAUACGAUUUGUGGAGAAAAAGGGUAUUUCAGUGUUGUACUUUGGGAAAAGUUGAACAUUUGAAUUUCCGAGCAAACUUGGAGCUUAUGUGAUGGAUUAUUUGUUUGAAGAGAUGUGAUAAAAUGAAUAUUUUGUUAUACUUAAUAUUACAUAUUGAACAGUUUUUUUUCUUGUUUGUUGUCUUAAAAGUGUACAGAAUGGUCGCUUUCUUUCAAAUUUUACAAGUUUAUUGCAACAUUGAAAUGAAUGAAAAUAUAGGAAAAAAAAUUGUGAAUAUUAAAAAAUAUGUUUUAAGUAUAAGAAUGAACCAGGUGCAAUUGAUAAUUGUAAAAACUAAAAGGUGUUCUGAGCGUUUUUGAGAUACUAAUAAAGAUUUAUUUGGAAUAUAUAUAUCGUCCGAUGAAAGAGACAUGUUUAUAAAAAUGGCAUUUCCUUAGUAUUUUUCUUAUCGGUUGUAAAGAUUUAUUGAUUAUCUGUUACUUCAUAGCAAGUUGUAUUUAAUUUGUCCCUUUCGGUGCUUUUUAAAGGCUCUUUUCAGUUCUGCAGGAUUAUCAUUUCACUUCAACAAAUAUAUUCUUUUCUUUAUUGAAUUUAGAUAGUUGUAUGAUAAUAAUGAACCAUUCUGAUAAUAAAUUUUUGAAAAUUGAUUCCGAUUGACAGUUAUGAAUUGUUGUAAGAAAAUUGCUGCCAUGUAUUUAUUUGUUCCUUAGUAAUAGGUUCAAAGCUUCUUGCAUGUAAGUCCAUUCAUAAUACAAAUUUUUGGAUGUCUGUUUUUCAUUCCAAGAGCCUAGAAUCAUAUUGCCAAAGAAGCUUUUAUAUACAUGUUUCGGAAGUUUAUUUAAAAAAGAAGGACUCUUUCACCAUGGAGAGGUUGAAUGGUAAACUAUGCUUGAAUGAACAGAUAAUCAGUAAUAUAUACGGCCUAGUGUGUAUCACAUUGUUUCAUUUUACACAUAAGUGAAAUUCCUUGAUUCUCAGGACGGAAUGUAGUUGCUCCAUUUUUGUGCUCAUUUUAUGUUACCAUAGUUACCAUAAACAGUUUACAGCUUGCUUGAGGGUCAUAGAUCAAAGACUAUAUGUACUUGAAACAUCUUGUCGUAUUUUUCUUUGCUGUUUUUUCAAUGGCAUUGUCAAUAUAUAUUAAUAUUUUUUUUUAAUUUUGAAUUUUAUACAUGUGUUUAUUUUGUUUGUUUGUUUCGUUCUCUUUGUCACGGUGUAUCGUUUGUGUUUGGUAUGUGCUUUUUGGUGAUGAAAGGUCUCAUUGCUCCAUCACAAAUAUCAUGUAAAUAAUUAUUUAUGUAACAAAUCAUUUUCUAUUUUGUGAAAACGUUUGUUUGAAAGGAUUGCUAGACAUCUCUGCUUUUUAUAUCAUGAAAUGUUGAACUUUUUUUGUUGAUCUUUUUAUUUUUUCGUCCGUUCACCAUACCCUCAUAUUUUUUUUAAACAAAAAAAAAAGAAAAGAAAUAAAAUACUUCAAACGGACAAUUCUAGAAAUGCUACCAAAAAAGUAUAGAUAGUUCUUUCCCUUUAGAGGUGAAUAAAAGAUUAUGAACUUAAACCCUGGCAAAUAUCUUGAAUGGACUUGCCCAGGUUCCUGUCCCUUUUGGGGGAUAUCAAGAUACAAAAAACUUUUAAGUUAGUCAGCCAGUACAGAUCUUGAUCAGACUGCACGGAUAUGCAGACUGGACCUGACUCUAUACUUGUGGCGAAGACUAAUCACUAGUUUACAGCAGGGUAAGUGUUAAGUUCAUGAUCAGUAAUCGAAUUUCUAUUUGACCUAACAAUUUCUGUAGCAUUUUUCCCUCCGCAUUUUAACAAAUUUUGCAAAUUCUUAUAAAUAAGUGGUAGGGAAAAUAUUCUAAGAAAGUUUUUAGUCCAGCUGCUGAUUUUAAAAUUCACUACCACCAGGCCGUCUUGUUUAAAACUUAUUUUCUGUGCUCUCAAUUAGGAGAGGUAUUAAUUAAUUUACAGCCUGUGUUAAAGCUACUCUCAUUUCACAUUCCUAGAUGUAGUGGUUUUUGUCUUGUGAACUGUGCUCACACCCUCUUUUUAAGUUUUGCUCCAGAACUAUGACAGUCCGUAUGUGUUGUUUCAGUCAAAUAUUCUUUAAAGCGUUUGAUGUUAAAAUCGUUUUCAUAAUGCUGUUGAUAGUGGUACAUGUAGAGGAUCUUAUUUUAAAGUUUUAAACUUCAAAUUGAUAGUUCAUAGUGAGAAAUAAAAAAAGUUUCCAUUGAUUUUGGAUCUUUUCUGUUAUCUUGAUUUUACUUAGUUUUAGAGAGAAAAGUACCACCUUAAAAAAUUCCCCCGAGGGUUCCUGUUAAUGUCAAAAUCGUUUUGUGCCUGAAAUAUUCUUACCUUUACUAGAUUAAAAUGUUUUUGAACAUCUUUUGUUAGACACUUGUAUUAUAUUCUUGUUCAUCAUGCUAAAGUCUUUUAUAUCAUACAAAAUCUCAUGUUUAUCAUAUAAAAAUCCUGUUUAUCAUAUAAAAAUCCUGUUUAUCACACUAUAGUCUAAUCACUGUUAAGCCAGGUUUUGCUCAAAAGCUUUAAAGAAUAUUUGAUGGUUUUUCAGAAAAUUUUGCCAUUUUUAUACCAUUAUUGAAAUAGAUAUAGGUUUUUCAAAUUGAAAAGUUGACUUAAAGUUAAUAAAGUAUUUUUAUUAAGUUAUGAAAUACCAUUCUAUAGUAUGUUCUCGUAACAUAAUCUAUGAAAGUAAUUUAUGUAAAUGACUAGUUGCUGAAAAUGGAAAGAUCUAUAUUGUCAAAAAAAACUACGUAAAAAGAAAAUAAAUUUCUAUCGAAAUAAAUAG